AUGCCUCGAGUCAGCAGCGCGGCAAUAGCUUUCCUAGCCAUCACCCUCCUAGGUCGAGCGGAGGCAGGCCUCAUCGCCAAAGUACCUAGGACAGAGACACCCGAUGUACUUUCCUCCAGCCACAUCGCAGCACCCACCCAGACACCCAGCAUUCUCCCCGGGUACGAACCAAGAUCCACAAGUGGUCUCCCGUUAGGCGGCAUCUUCGUCGAGCCGGAUCCCAGCGACAGACCUUCCACCACACCCACUCUAUUCCCACCAACAUCAACCACCUCGCAGAUCUCAGAAGAAACGCCUUGUGAAGACCACAUGAAUUCUACUAUGACGCACGGCAUGAACCACAACAUGACACAUGCCAAAAUCCCCGAGACUACGCCCACGCCUACACUGGACGUGGACGCAGGCCUACAGCAGAAGUUCGUGCAAACGACGUACUGGGCCUGCGCAACGCUCGGGACAGAAGCACAUUGUGGCUGGCACGAGCCCAUUCUAGACGCGAGUUCUGGAGCACACAGUGCGAUAUCAAGCAGCAGUCUCGCUCUGCGAGCGGGCGGUAUUGCGCUUUUUGUUGUUGGGGGUGUUAUGCUUGGGCUCUGA